AUGGCUCAACCAAAUAUUACCCUAUACACGGCCCAGACCCCCAAUGGCAUCAAGAUCUCCAUAGCGCUAGAGGAGCUUGGCCUGCCAUAUAAGGUCGAGAAAAUUGACAUGUCAAAGAACACUCAAAAGGAAGACUGGUUCCUAAAGAUCAACCCCAAUGGCCGCAUCCCUGCCUUGACAGACACCUUUACCGACGGCAAGGAGAUCCGGCUAUUUGAAUCUGGUAGCAUUCUGGAAUACCUAGCAGAACAGUACGACACAGACCACAAGAUCUCAUUCCCCAAAGGCACACGGGAAUACUAUGAAAUGAAGAGCUGGCUAUACUUCCAGAAUGCAGGCGUAGGACCCAUGCAAGGCCAAGCCAACCACUUCUCGCGGUACGCCCCCGAGCACAUUGAGUACGGCGUGAAGCGAUACGUCAACGAGUCACGCCGUCUGUAUGGUGUUUUGGACAAGCAUCUCGCAGAGUCCAAGUCUGGUUAUCUUGUCGGUGACCACGUCUCUAUUGCCGAUAUCUCACACUGGGGUUGGGUAUCUGCUGCAGGAUGGGCCGGUAUCGAAAUUGACGAUUUCCCGAAUGUUAAGGCUUGGGAGGAGCGUAUGUUACAGCGACCGGGUGUUGAGAAAGGUCGUCAUGUUCCUUCCCCUCAUACCAUUAAAGAGCUCCUCAAGGAUAAGGCCGCUAUGGAGAAAACGGCUGCUGAAUCUAGGGCUUGGGUUCAAAAGGGGAUGCAGGCCGAUGCAAAGCGCAAUGCUUAA